GCAAAGGAGGGAAGCAUGAAGGAUAAGGAUUCCAAGUAAUUAGGACAUAAGGGAAAGCAGAAUUUAAAAAAUAUCAAAGCAGAGUUUUUUAUGGAAGCUCUCAGGCUCCGUGAACAGAAAGAGGCGGAGAACAGCGAACGUUAUUUACCAUUAAUGUCUCAUAAUUUAAAGCCAGAAGAAGAAAAUAAAAUAUUAAGACGACAUAUCCUCGAAUUAGAAGUAGAGUUAAGAGCUGUUAGAGCUUUAAAUUUAAAGUAUCAAGAAAACGCAUUUAGCGAUAUAAACAACGUCAAAGAAUCGUUGCGGAACGUAAAUGAAGAGGCGAAACAAAACCUCGCAGACAAAGUUAAUAGUCGCGAACUUUUACCGGUUGGCUACGUAGAGGUUGUAAAUCAGAAGAUUCAUGCUGGAGGCGGAAUUUGGUUACUAAAGCGUUAUUACGAUUUUGUAAAAUUUAGAAAAUCUAAACGGCCGGAAAUGUUUAUUAAAAAUAUAGCAGUAAAAAUUUUUUCUGAAGAAACCUUAGAGCAAUGCAGUGUCACGGGAGAAUCCAGUAACGCAUACAAAAACAGCGUGAAGAGGCCUUCUUUAGAUAUGAAAAAAUUAAAUGCUGUAAGAG